UUUGUUUUCACACGUGUCUCAAGAUUGUAAUCCUGUCGUAACUUGCUUCAGUUAGCAUAGUGAUAUCGAGUGGGUUAGAUCGGUCGGACCACUAUUAUGGAUGAAGAGCAUAUUGUUGGUGAUCAAGACAGAGGCAGUAGAAAACGAAAAUGGGGUGCAACAUAACGGCAGCGGCAGAAAGAAACACGAUACGAUGACCCUGAUCCCAACCUUGAUGGUUUCGAAGUCUCCUGUAAGCAUGGCAGAAAUAAAAAAACUUUCAUGUAAGGAUAUUCCUUUCGAAGAUCUAAGGCGCUGCCGACAAAAGUUUUAUUCACAAAAAGACAAGGUUAAGCAAGAUACGAAACUGUCUCAUUUAAUUGAAAUUGGAACUCCUAGGAGAAAGAAACGUUCAGACCAAAGCUUUACUAGAAACCGCAACAUUACUCUAUCCACAGAAAGAUGGCGUGAGGAUGAGGAAUUGCAAUGGCUUCGUCCUAUUUUUCCAGAGCCCCUUGAAGAGCUACAAGAGAAUAGUGAUGAAGACAAUGAUGAAGAUAAUGCCCAAGAAGUAUGUAACUGCAUCGAGGAUGAUGGUGGAGUGAAAGUUUGA